AUGCUCAAUCUAUUAACUAAAUUAAAUAUAAUUCAAAAAAUGGAGGAAUGGAAAAAAUGGCAAAAUUCGAUAAAUGAGAAAAGUAUUGAAAUAAUUGUACAUUCCAUCGAAAAUGUUAUAAAAAAGGAGGAUAUAAACGUAUUGUUCACAGUGGAACACAAUGGCAUUGUAUUGGGAGAAAGUAAUCCAACAUUAAUUAAACCAAAUUUUGAUGAAGAAUUAUCGAUUCACAUUAUUGAAUUGGUUGUUAAAUUGCCAGUUAUAUUGAAGAACAAAGAGAGUCUUAAUUCAAUUGUAUCAAUACCUAUACUAAUAAAAGCAACACAAAUUAUCGAAAUUGAGGAAAUACAGACCACAACUUCAAAUGAAAUUAAGAAGAAAUCGAUAUUUAGUACAAAAUCUGUAACACCUCUCACAUCGAAGUUACUGGGGAUUUGUAAUCUUGAUUUAAUGCCAAUAAUAUUAGGAGAAAAAAGUUUUACUGAGAAGAUAAUUUUAGAAACUCCUAACUUUUCCUUCGAUGAUACAUUAGUUUCGUGGCAAAAUCUUCCUCGUUUGACGGUAACAGUUUUGCAAGAUCAUACACCGUUCUUUCAACCAAAUGAAACAGUGAACUUUCUCAGUGUAACUAUCGAAAGUAUAUACAACAUUCCAAGAACUUUCACUGAGGAUUCUCAAUAUAAAGCUGGCACAAUAGCAUAUAUCGAUAAUGAGGUUUCUGAAAGUAUCAUUUUCAACCAUGGUAUUUGGACGAAAUAUCGAGAUAUCGAAAGAACGAAACGAUGGAACAGUUUACGCCAUAUUCAAAAUCGAUCUCAAUUAUCGAAAUACAAAUUGAACUGCGAUUUUAUGGGAGUGAGAAAUGAAUUUAAGGAACAGUUCGAUUUAACGACUAAAACGUGUGAUGAUAUGCCACGAAUAGAAUGGAAUUCCUUAAAUCGAUGUAUAUUAUGGAGUGGUGGAAUCGAAGCAAUGCGAGAUCAUAUCAGGAAACAUAAAUUUUGGCCUUUCCAAUUUGAAAUAACGGAAAAAGCUUCGCCAACAAAAUUCAAAGGCGGUUUAUCAUCUGCAAUGCAAUUGUAUCAGUGUUAUGUCGAUGUUUCGGAACUUCUCUUUCCAGGAAGAAGACAUUGUCGAAUUGUGGGACAAUUGUAUAAAUACAAUCCGCAAGACGUAUCCGAAAAAGUGGGUCUCGAAGAAAAUAUCUUUGUGUCGGAGUCACAACGCAAAGAAGCAAAAGAAAGAGAUAAAAAAAAUAAAACAUCAAAGAAUGCUCAAUCGAUUAUAUCUGAAGUUGAAACAACACAAAAUAUAGCAAUAACUACAGAAGAUGGAGAGCCUACAAUCAUAAUAAUCGAAAUAGAGCUCUAUGUACCUCUCGUUAUUUGCAGGAUCGAAGAAGAUUUUGCAAGUUUGAUAACUAGUAUGAUACCUAAAACGGAAAAGAAACAACGUUAUGUGUACUCUAGUGACGUAGCGGAAGCACAAUAUAUACAUUGUAUUCAAAAAUUAGCGGAAAUUUUGACAGAAAGUUAUCGAGAUGAGUUAACAUGCUUUACACAAUAUCUUUAUAAAACUGGAGUAUAUUUAUUUACACGUAAUACCCUAAGAAUGAAAAUUCCCAUGUUGAUAGAUCAAAAAUUUAAGAUGCCCAGAAAUUUAAUAGAUUCUAAGGAAUCUCAUAAUUUUAUCGCCUCUAUAUACACAUAUUUAGUAGAACAAAUGCACCUUGCUAUAAACAAGAUGGUCGAAAGUCAAUUUACAGAGGAUUUGGAAAAUAACAUGGACGUGAAGAUGAUAUACUUCUAUGCCGAAGAAGCUUACGAAUUUGAAGAUUUGGAUACUGCUAAACAGUAUUAUACAAAAGUAAUAGCUGCGAAUAAAACUGAUCCAUAUUCUUGGACACAAUAUGCAAUUUUCCUCAAGAAAAUAGGUGAUAUAGAACGUGCAAAAGAAUGCUGUUUAGAAGCAAUCAUUUUAAAUCGACAAUAUGCAAUUGCAUUGUUAGUGUAUGCAAUGAUUUUAUUUGAGAACAAAGAAUACAAAGAGACCGAGAUUUUUCUGAGAGCCAUUACAGACUUACAUCCACGGUUCGCUGAAGGCUGGGCCAUUUUACAUUUGUUCUUUAUACGAACGGAAUAUUAUCCAGGAAUAGAUCUUACGUUUCGUAUAACAAAAAAAUGUAUGGAAGAUAAAUCUCGCACAAUAUCACUCGAUCAACAACCACUUUCUUGGACUACGGUUCACUGUCCCCAAGGAAAUAUAUACAUGAUGGCUACAAUGUUUUUAUUAAAACUACACUUUUGUGAGUUUGCUGGACUUGCGUUAGCAGAGGAAAUAUCAAAUUCUAAUCGAUCUGUUCACUUUCUGUAUUAUAUGGCAGUUGAACAUUAUUUAUCUGGCAGAUACGAAGAUGCAUUAUCUCAUCUGGAGGAAGUUCGUUGCAAUUACGGAAUGGAUUAUUCAAUCAGUAGUUUAAUGGGCCAUUGUUACUUCAAACUAGGGGACGUUGAGAAAGAAGUAGAAUCCUACGAAUUUGCGCGUAUGCUUUUUGAUAGACCUGAUAAUUUACAUUUAGUAGAACUUAGAUUAGGAUAUCAUUAUUAUAAUACUGGUAACUUUGAUCGAGCAAAAAAAAUUUUUCUGAGUGCGUGCAAAUCUUCACCAACAUCCUUAGCUUGGCUAGGAGUGGGUAUAAGUUGUUACGAGUUAAACCAACUUCAUGAAGCAGAAAUCUCUUUAUCAGAAGCUAAUAGAAUUAACAAUCACAAUCCCGUAGUAUGGGGUUAUUUAUGUCUUUUAAAUAUGACGCUGGAAAGAUACGACGAGUUUGCGCAAUGUUAUGCACAAAUGAUCAAAGUAACACCACCAAAUUUAACAGAAACCAACAAUUAUGACGAGAAUUACAGCAGAAAGGGAUCUGAGGAAUAAUUCGAAAAUUAAUGGCACCUGAAUAAGAUAAAUAUGAACGCUCAAAUUUGUAAAAGAAGAAAUCGCAAUGGCACUUACUUUUAAGCGAUGUAAAUGAUAUAAUCAAAAA